AUGAACUGCCUACCAAUGUGCGAAAGCGCCUGCCGUAAACUGUGCCCGACACAUUUCUGCCUGAACAUCUGCAUACGCUCUUGUCCUAGUGUUUGUGGCUCUUGUUGUCCACUUUCUACGCCCAUCGUGGUAACAGAAGCAGCAUUACAACCGGCGACUUUAUCUCCAGUGCCAACGACGACACCCGCCCCACCACCGCCACUCCCAACACUUACCCCUCUAUCUCCACCACCGUCACCAUCAACCAGCGCUGCGCCAGUGCCAUCACCCGUGCAACAAGAUUUCCCUGCUCCAGCUCCCGCACAACAAAACGUUCAAGUGCCCGUGCCUUUACCGCAGGCCAUAGCUAUACCUCUGUCUCAACCAGUGAUAAUCGAAUCACCUCUCAUCACCCCACUGAAAUGCUUGCCGAUUUGCCGACACCGUUGCUAUGAUAUGUGCUCUUCACCAGAAUGCAUCGCCAUGUGUGUCAAAAGGUGUCCGCAUUUUUGCAAAAAGGCGUUUAUUAUGAUGCCCAUGAUGGAUCAGAUGCCCUGUCGUUCGUUUGACGGAGGCUGCGGUUGUAACACGGGCUACACGCAAUGCGGUGGAAUGUGCUGCAAAAGUCGAUGAUCGAUCUCUCCAGAUUUCUUCGCUCAAACGAUUUUGAUUAUUUAUAUAUCAAGCAAUCAAGUUGUGAAUUAAUUUAUUGACGCUGUAAAAAUUGUUAUAAGAAAGUCCUUGCAAUCAGGUGAAACGAUUCUGAUUAUAAAACAAUUA